AUGCCAAUAUCCUCUGCAACCCCGUGUCUCUCUUUCAUCGGUAUCGUCGACUUUUCUCAAGAGGCACGAUGGUUGUACAUGACUGGCUCGGUGACGGAACUCCUCGGUUUCGAACCGAAAGAGCUCAUUGGUCGAUCAUCACUCGAGUUGGUACAUCCAGACGAGUUCCCGAGGGUCAAGAAACUUCACUAUGAUACCAUUCAGCUCGACAAGGCUGCUGUGCUCGUGUACCUCCGUCUCCGACAUAAAGACCCAUACAAGGGUUACAUCUUAUGCGGCAUCUCACGAACCGUCGUGCACAAUGUCUUAGUAGGCAGUGUAUCAUUCGCUAGCCCAGGUGCCAAAGCCCUCCACAACGCCUCAACCGCACAAGAGAUAGAAGUCAUCACGCCCAGCGCUAUGAAUUUUGAGUUCAGGCGAUGGCACGACCCAUCCCCAAUGCCACCCAGUCCGACUCUCCCCUCUCGGUCCCUUCCCACCUCGGGGUCUAGCCCAACACCCUCAUCAUCAAGUUCCUCAUCUUCCGGCACCUCAAGAUCCUCGUGGCGCGCUUCCCCAGGCGAAGCCCCGUCUUCUCCGCGGACUUCCAGCCGCACGCCCAGCCCCUCCCCCCCUCCUCCGCCUCGCGUAAUAUCAUUUGCGCACCUCCCCAAUAAAUCCUUUCGCACCGCUUUCAUCCUUGAUAGGUUUACGGUGAACUGUACGAUCCUCUACUGCUCCAACGACCUCUUCCUAUCCACCACUUCCGCUAUUGGCCGGAGUUUCUUCGAUUUUGUUGCGAGGAGGGAUGACGAGAUUGUUAGAAGCUGGGUGAGCUGUGUGAAGGGAUGGGGGGUUAAUGAACGUGGUCAGCCUAGUGAUGGUGGGUUUGGGUUUGGGAGGUUUACGUUGCUUACGGAGGGGAGAGAUUCGAUAUCGAGGUUACCGGAACCCGCGCCCUCCCGUCGCGAACGACAAGGAUCGACGACCUCGAGGGGAUCACGGCCUUCAACGUCUUCAACUUCUUCCUCUUCGUCCUCGCUAUCAUCGCGGCACCGUGAAGGACGUACCGCGCAUACACCACUUGGCCGUCGACCACAGAAUCAUCCUACGUCUUUACUUUCGCAGAAUCAAAAUGCGGUAGACCCGGCUGAGGAGGACCAGGAACAGUUUGCGGUGGACGCGAUAUUUUCGGCGCAUAGUGAUGGGUUGAUGGUCAUUUUGAGGAGGGGGUCGAGUUCUAUCUGA